GCUCAAUUAUAUUACAUAGUUAGUUAUCACUGACUAGCGUACUGAGACGUUGCUGGAGGUACAUUCACAAGUUCCCGCUUUCCCGGCUUGCCCGGAGCUUUGCCUUGCACAGUACCAAGGACUGAAGUAUUGCACUGGUCUUACAGUAGCAGGAACGUGGAUGCUGCCGCUCUCACAGGUCUGAAUACCUGUGGAUCGGGGCAGGCAGCAGGCCCAGCUUGACCAGCAAAGAUACGCGCCGAUCAUGUUCUGCUCAAUUUCCGGCACGGUUCCAGAGCAGGGUGUCGUUAGUGUGAAGUCUGGGCACUUGUUCGAAAAGUCCCUUGUCGAAAAAUAUGUGCGGGAGACUGGCAAGUGCCCCGUCACUGGCGAGCAGCUGUCGUUGGAGGAUCUUCUUCCUCUGAAGGUUAAUAAGACAGUUAAGCCCAGGACGGCACCAGCUACCAGCAUUCCCGGACUUCUCAGCCUGUUCCAUGACGAAUGGGAUGCCAACAUGCUGGAGCUGCACAACACGCGGACCCAGCUUCACCAGACACGGCAAGAGCUCAGCCAUGCGCUAUACCAGCACGACGCUGCCACGCGUGUCAUCGCGCGUCUCAUAAAGGAACGCGAUGAGGCGCGCGCUGCGCUCUCGGACCUGAAAGCGCAGUACGCAACGGAGCUUGCAGCUGCACAAACCGCAGCUCGUGCCGCUGCGGAGGCCAAGCCGGAGGCAGAGGGCAAGCGCCGGGCUAAGGCUGGCAUUCCGGAGGACAUAAUCGCGGACAUGGCGGAGGUUAACGCCACUCUAAGCAAGGGCCGCAAGAAGCGGCCACUGCCGGACAGCCUUGCCACGCCGGACGACCUCGCCACGCUCGCGCUAUCGGGAUCCCACCCUCUGCAUAAGACAACCGCCGGUGGCAUUGCUGCUCUGGACGUGAACCCGCAGCAGCAGGGAGUGGUUGUGACUGCCGGCCUGGAUGCCUCUCUGCAGCUGUUUGAUUACCUUCAGGGCCGCGUCCUGGGCAGCCUGGAGGGCCACAGCAAGCGCUGCACCGGAGUGGCCUUUGUCUCCGCGGACCUCAUCGUCAGCAGCAGCGCCGACAAGACAGCGCGCGUGUGGCGCAGCGGCGGUGCGGGCGCCGAGGGCGAGGAGGCUGCCGCGUCCUGGCAGAGCGCCGCGGUGCUGCGGGACCACAGCGCGGAGGUGGUGGGCGUCACGGUGCACCCCAGCCGGCGGUACUUUGUGACGGGCAGCGCGGAUGCCACGUGGGCGUUUUACGAUGUGGACUCGCUCACGUGCCUGCGCCAGGUUGGCGCCGAGGAUGGCCCCGGCGAGCCGUACACCUGCCUGUCCUUCCACCCGGAUGGCCUUAUCCUGGGUACCGGCACGGAGGCCAAGGCAAUCAGGAUUUGGGAGGUGAAGCAGCAGAAGCCGGUGGCGGCGUGCGAGGGCCACGCGGGGCCCGUGCGCUGCCUGGCGUUCAGCGAGAACGGCUACCACAUGGCGUCCGUGAGCGACGAGUGCGUCAAGCUGUGGGACCUGCGCAAGCUGGCCAACUUCAAGACGCUGGAGCCCUUCACGGACGGCCCCUGCGCCUCCGUGGCGUUCGACCACAGCGGCCAGUACCUGGCGGUGGGCGGCCCCGUCGUCAAGGUGUUCGGACAGAAGCAGCAGUGGUCGGAGCUGCGGCAGCUGUCGGAGGUGCCCAAGCGGGCCGCUGCGCUGCGAUGGGGCCCAGACGCGCGCAGCCUGCUGGUUGGAGCUGGGGACCACAACCUGCGCGUGUUUUCGGUGCCUCCGGCGCAGUAAAGGGGCUGGGCGCGCGGGAUGAAUGCAAGGACCUUAGGAGGGGGUCUGGGCGGACGAUUGACGAUUUGACUAGGUCAGCGCGAGCAUUGCAUGAUCGGUUUGCCUGUACGUUCCGCUGCCGCGGUAGAGGCAAUUAGGUUGGCAUUGAGGCUAAGGCCGACAAGCGGUGGGUAACUCCCGGACGGGUUAACUUGUUGCCUAUGGCCAUGGUAAUAGGAGACGACUGCCAACGAAUGAGUUGUUGCAACUGGGUAUGGCUGCCAGCAUUUGCGCUGGCAGCCUACGCGAAAAGUUGUUUCCGGUCGAUGGGACAAAGCUUACCCUUGUAAGGUCAACGCUCUA